UCGUGGUCGACCCAAAACCCAAGGUCGGUUCGAUGUUACGUUCAACUAUUUUCCCGCACAUUAAACCUCCUUAGCGAAUUUAAAGGGAAUACUCGAUGCGAGGUAGUCCAUCUCACCAGAGAAGUUGAUGCUUACGUUGGAUUUCUUCAUUGCACACAGCCUGCAUCUCUGAGUGGCUGACCCGAACUUCAUCACGGCUGGAAGGCACGGAAGCGCGAGGUGCAGGAGUCCAAGUGCGAAUCCCCUCGGGCUGGUCCUAGUGGCCAAGUUUCAGGAGCUGAAAUGUCUAUAAAGGCGGCCUAUCACCUGCUCUCUGCAUGACUUUCACUUUCUCAUCCGCAUCCUCAUGUUCAAUCAAUCAGCGCUUUCAGACUUCCCAGUUCUUACGAAGAGACCCAGCCAACACGAACUCGUCCCAUCAUGCAUCUCACCAUCUUCGCUGCCGCCCUCCUGGCCUCGGCCGUCUCGGCCCGCGAGUUCAUCCUGUUCGACGACAUCAACCUCCGCGGCGUCGCCCACAGAGAGACGCGUGACAACGAUGCCGCUUGCUGGAAUCUCAACGGCAAAGGCGACCGUGCCAGCUCCGUGUGGGGCGACAAUGGUUGCACUACCUUCUACCGUGAGCGGGACUGCGCCGGAGCCAACUGGCAGCAGCGCGGUAUCGCGUAUACUGUCCCGGACUUUCUGAAUGACCAUAUCUGGUCAUUCCGCAACCAGUGCUAGAUCAUAUGUACUAGUACUCUAAGUGUUUCGCUGCGAGGCCAGUAGCUUGGACAGGAAAGAAAGAGAGGGGAAGAAAAGGGGGCGCUUGUCUUAUUAAGGAGGUCUGACUGCCACUAGCAGAUAGGCUGAGCUUGUAGCUGCAGCGUGCUCAGGGAACAACAUUUUACCAUUCAGGUAGUAGUGAUCAAGCCUCUAGCCUUUCAACAAGGCUUGUCAUAUGGAAUUACCUGUCGACCCUUCGGAGGGCUUUUGUUAGGGUGAAAACAAGGGUAGAUAAGUUAAAAGUUGUUGGAAAGCCAACAGCCACGAAUGUGCCGCACCGUAGUAAUUGGGUAUCAAAAAGAUGGGCAACCACUCAAUUGAUGAUGAUGUAC